CUGACCUGACAGGAGAGUAUGUUGAUGGAAUGCAUGAUGAACUUCUCCGAGAGAUCGAGGAUUUAAGAUCAGAAAACGAAUAUUUAAAAGAUGAGAUGGAGGAGCUGCGCUCGGAGAUGCUGGAGAUGCGCGACCUGUUCCUGGAGGAGGACGUGUACCAGCUGCAGGACCUGCGGCAGCAGCUGGAGCAGGCCAACAAGAGCUGCCGCAUCCUGCAGUACCGGCUGCGCAAGGCAGAGCGACGCAGCCUGCGCGUGGCCCAGACUGGACAGGUGGACGGAGAGCUCAUCCGAGCCCUGGAGCACGAUGUCAGGGUGGCGAAGAGCGUGUCCCUGCGCUUGCAUGGCGAGCUGGAGUCUGUGCAGAAGAAGAAGGCCCAGCUGGAGUGGGAGAACGACGAGCUGCGCGAACGCAUGCAGGACCUGGAGGUUGCCAAUCAGGUCCUGCACACCGAGAUGGACAAGACUCGAGAGAAUUCCCUGAGGAGGAGGAGUUUGAGGUCAACAUCUGGCAAGACUGAAAAGAAGCUCUCCCCACAGGAUGACAGUGCUGAUCUGAAGUGCCAGCUGCACUUUGCGAAAGAGGAGUCCGCGCUCAUGUGCAAGAAGCUGACCAAGAUGGUCACCGAGAACGAGACCAUGCGGGAGGAGCUGGCCAAGUACCGGCUGCUCUACGGCGACGUCGACAACGCCCAGGUGUCCGACAGCAUGGCCAACUCGCCUCUGGCCCGCGAGGCCGAGGUCAAAGUUCACCUGCGGCUGGUGGAGGAGGAGGCAACUCUGCUGAGCCGGAGGAUUGUGGAGCUGGAGGUGGAGAACCGCGGACUGCGGGCGGAGAUGAGCGAAAUGAGGGAGAGCGAGAGAGACGCACGAGAGAGUCUCGCCGUGCCGGUCUGCGCGGACGGACCUGAGGUGGGCGAAAGGCUGUCUUCCGCCAGUGAGAGGGACGCUGGGUCGGCAACAUCGGUUGCUACGCAAAUCCAAACAGAAGAACGAGGGCACUGCCCUGAAGAUCAGGAGAAGGUCAAGAGGAAUGGCGCUGACCUUUUGACCUCUUGCACGGACCUCGGCCGGAAAGACCUGAAGACUCUUCUAGCCCUUCGUGAUCAGGCUCUGCUGGUCAGUUCCGCCAUCGACCUGCUGAGAGCUGCUCCGACCAAAAACGGCAUUUCGCCGUGCUCAAACCAGAAAACCCCGCCGCUGUCCCCGUACCUGGCCAAGCCGGAGGCUGACCACCACUCGCCCAACGCUCUUCCCCUUCCUCGGCCCCGUGACCUACCCCUCCUAAGCCCCCUCUCCGGCGAGUUGGACCUGCUACAGUUUCAGCUGCAAGCUCUCCUGGAGCGUAUGAAGAGCUUAGUGGACACAGCGGACAGCAGGAGGACCCACAGCUGGGGACCCGGCUCAUGUGACCUGGCACCUCCUCCUUCUCCUCCUCCUCCCGAGGAGCCCAUGGAGCAGCAGAAGGAGGCCCUGGUGCUGAAGGUGGAUCUGUCCCCCGGGUGCCCAUGUGAUCAGGAGACCCUGGUGCUCCUCACCCUGCAGCUGCGUUGGUUCCUGCAGCAGUGGCGGCAGGGGGAAGAAGCCAAGAGUCUCUUUGAGGUGGGCUGCCAGAAGAAACUACGUCUCCUGAUGGAGGGGGAGGAGGUGUCCGACUCAGAAGAACCCAGCAAGACGAGCCCCACAGCCUCAAAGAUCUUCCCCAAACUGGUGGACAGUGCCGAGGACAUGGUUCUGGCGGACCUCAGGGCGGCCAUGUUGGACCUGAGCUCUGAGCUGCAGGAGGAGCGGCGGUCGGGGCUGGAGAUGGCCCAGCAGUUCGCCUGUGCCAAGGCAGCCUGGGCUGUGGAGAGGAGCGAGCUCAGGAGCCUCGUCAGCAGGCUGGAGGGCUCAGCCAGCAAGGCCUCGAUGAAGAACCUUCCAGACCUGAAGGUGGCGCUGCAGCGGGACCACGUGGAGAAGCUGCAGCACCUGCUGGCGGACUCGUACGCGGCGGUGAUGGAGCUGACGCGGCAGGGGAAGGUGCGCGAGCGGAACUGGAGCUGCGAGAAGCAGGAGCUGCUGGAGUACCUGCACCAGCUGCAGUUGGAGCAGCAGGGCUGCCAUGGCAACAGCCACGCCAAGAUGGCCGAGUCCUCUGUUGGCAAGAUGGCUGAGAAUGGAAGAUCUUAUGGGACAGAGAGGAUUAAACACAAGCGAGCACAGCCUGACAUCUCUGAUAAAAACUGGGUGUACCUGAGCCAGGAGGCAGCGUUGCUGGACCAGCCUGACGCCUAUAAGACCUGGGACUGCCCGGUCAUGCCACCCAGGUUCCCGGGGCUGGACCUCCAGCAGGAGUCGGCCCAGAGGAGCCACACGGCCCCGGAGAAGACCUCCCUGCGGAUCUACUACAGCCCGCCGUCCGCCCGCAGGGUCCACCUCUCCAAGCUGACCUGGGACAAAGAGGAAGCGUACGUGGAGGGGAAGACCAGGGAGAAGCAGAGCGGAGCUUUCCUGCCCAGAGCGAUGAGGAGCAGAGGAGGAGAUGAGGGCAUUGGGGCUUUGAGCUACCAGGGAGGCCUGCCGCUGGAGUUCCAUGACAUGCUGGAGUGCGGUGGUGGUGUUGGUGGUAGUGGCGGCACUAGUCCCACAGGAGGCGCUAGCAGGCUGCCCUGCGGCUUCCAGCCUCCCGCCGGCCUCCCGUCCACCUCGUUCCUGCCGUUCGGGCCCCUGCAGGCGUCGGCCAACCUGAGCGACGACAUGAAGGAGAUGACGGCCAGCGUGCGCGGGGCGAGCCGCGGCAGCUCCCUGGAGAGGGGGCGGGGCCUGAUGAAGGACGCCUGGAGCCAGACUCAGGCUGCGGCCCAGACUCAGAGCCGAGCGCUGACGCACGCCACCACGGUCAGCACGGGCAUGCAGACGGAAGUCGUCCGCGGUCUCUCGGCGGGGAAGUACUGGUCCCCCCGUGGCACCACGGCCUCGCUGGUGUCCCCCCGUACCCAGCAGAUGUCCUCGUCCCUGGAGCGGGUCGGCGGGCGGGCAGAGAAGCCGCCCCCUUGUUCCACCUCGCCAAAGCUCUACCGCCGCAACCCGUCCCGGCUAGAGGCUCCGAAGGAGCGUGGGCUGUGGGGUCUGUCCCAGAGGGGGUCCGUAGGUUCUGCCUGGGCCCGUUCCACCACCAGCAGAACCGGUUCCGUAACGGCGCCAAGCGCAGACAAGUCGGCCGGACGCAAGCCCGUGGGGAUCCACCGCUACGGCCUGGUCCAGGAGUUCCUGCGCAACGUGUGUGGUCGCGGGGACAAGCUUCCGACCGGGGCGGCUGAGAAGGCCGGAGCACCCACGGUGCGGAGGGACAGUAUCGGCCCGGGGGGGCAGAAGAAGGCUGAGCGGCCGGCGUCACGGGUUCCGCUGGUCAGGAGCGACAGCGUGACGAAGAUUGUGAACCGGAGGUUCAUGAAGCAGGGGCAGAAAGACGAGACGGGCCAGACUCAGACUCAAACCCAGACACCGGGCCAGAGCCAGAACCAGGCCAGCAAAGUGCCCAUCAGCAAAGACAAGAAUGCUGGUAUUGCCACACUAGAGCGGGACGGCGCCUGUGACUGCAGCUCUCGUUCUCUGACUUCCUGCUUCGCUCGGCCCUCCCGCUCCAACCUCCACCACACCCACGGCCAGUGCAGGCUCCGCCCCCAUGACUGCCCCACAGCAGCUGCCGUGAAGAGCGCCGCUGCCCCUUAG